CUCGGAGCAGUCCAUCUUGCCUCUCGCAUCGCUGUAGUCACCCUCUGCUAGCGCGCCGUCCGUGUUGUUGUGGUAAAUAAUGGCGGCCUCGGGAGGAGGAUUAUCAUCUCCCUCUGUCGUGGCGGGUUUGAGUACUCAAGCACCACCAGCUCGGGCUCGGUUUCCGGGCCGACCGUGCGCGGCUCGCAGCAGGCUGCGGUCGGAGAAACGGAUCCGACGCGGAAGACUAGGCUCGGACGACGGCGAGCUGGCUGUCGGAGGGCCGAGGCCCGUAAACAUCGGUCUAGCGUUAAGCGAGGAUCCGUCUCUGCUGCGCCUGCUCGGGGUAGCGGAGAAGCACCGGCGGCAGAAAGAUGUAGGGUUCGACUCGAGCAGCAGUGAGGAGGAGGAAGAUUUCACUGGAUUUGGGGGCACAAGAGUUCGUCAGAAAAAUUCAGUUGCUGCCCUUGAGUUGUCCAUCAGCCAAGCCAACUCUCCCCAAGCCACAGACCUGUUGUCAAAGGCAAAACCUGUGAUCGGAAAAAUCAUUCCAAGGACCCCAAAGCCAGCUUUUGUUGGGAAAAUUGUACCAAGGCUUCCUAAAGAAGAACAGGAUGCUAAAGAGAGUCCAGUAAAAGACACAAAAUCACCAAAGGUGGCAGUUAAAGUGAAUGACACAGGGGUAGCUCUCCCUUUAAAAGCUAAACCUGCAGACAAGCAGUCUUUAGAUACACACGGCAGUGCAUCAGUUGACAUUAGCAACGCAGGCAAAGCGGCAUCUUCUGGAAGCACGCUAAACCAAAUAGCCUCUACAUCGGCUGGAGGCAUCAAGCACCAAGAAAAUGUGGAGAGUGCCCCAGCAGCAGUCAAAGGUGCAGCAAAAGUUAAAAGUUUGGUCAAAGUAGAUGGCAAGGUGCCAGAGGAAUCGGACAAAGAUCAGUUUCAGACACAGAGUUCAGCCAAUAGCGAAAGUGGUUUUCAAACUGGGCACUCCAGGCGCACAUCUCGAGCAGUCGCUCUGUCGUUGAAAUCCUUUCACAAACGUCAGAGGAAGAGAAUAGCUAAAGGUAUGGGUGCUUCUCCAGAGGCUGGAGCUGAGGCUGGUGCCCAGAGCGGAGAAGAGGCAGCAGUGCCACUUGAGUGUAAAGCCGCAGAGACCUCUGUUAAAAGAGUGCACAAAAAACAUCGCAAAUCUUACUUUGGGUACAAACGAAAGACAUCUACAAGUGAUUCAGUUAUUAAGUGUCCUAAAUUGGCCCGGGCUCGCACAAAGCGCGUUUUUUAUGCCUAUGUGCCAGAGCCCCUUUCCUGCACAGUAGCACAGGAUGUGAAGGACCAGCAGAUCCCAGGUCAGAGUACCACCUCAUCAGAAGAAGAGCCCAGGUCAAUUAAAGAGCAAUUACACCAGAGGUCCAACAAUUCCUCUGCAACUGUUACAAGUGGACGGUCUUCUCGCAUUAUUAAAGCUCCUAAAAGGUUCUUGGAUGAGGAAAUGAUUCCCUUUCCAAAGGGCUGUCUUUCAGCAUGGCUGAAAAGUCAUCAAAAAGAGGACGGGAAACCAAGUGCAGCAAUUCAAGAAGGUUAUACUGGCAACUCGCAGCAGCCGUUAGAUAGGGAGUCCUUAUCUAUGUUCGACAGCCAAUCUGGGGUAUCAAAAAUCUCAUCAGCACCUAGUACAGGAGAACCACAUCUGGAGAUCUACAAAAACCUCAAGAAACUGACCUUAAAACUGGCAGAAAAAAGGAAAGGCCAGUCCAGCAUUGAGGACGAUUAUACACCACAUGGCGACAAUUUGACCUCUCAUGUGAGGAAGAGACGAAGGCCCAAGCUCAUGAUGGAGGAACUGGACUCCCCUGGAGUUGUCCGAAAACUGGCUGUGGUGGUGAACACAGAUGUAGGAUCAUCCUCUCAAACUCCACUAGAAGAUGAAGGCAAUAACAAUGAAGUUGCAAGCGUAAAAGGAGACAGCAGUGAGGCUUUGGAAGUCAGUGGGCCCAGCCAUCGCAUCGGUCUCAGUGGAGCUAACAAGAGGAUGCUCCACCUGCUGAAGAAAGCCAAAGUUCAGCUCAUCAAGAUUGAUCAGCAGAAGCAGCUCAAGUUGUCACAGUUGGGCUGUAGAGAAACACAUGUGCCAGUGAGUGGAAGGAGGAGGAGAAGGAGGAGAGUUGGUCUGUCCCCCAAAGAUUUUCCACCACAGGAGCAGCCGCUGGGGGGUCCGCGGAUCAAACAUGUGUGUCGGGCAGCAGCAGUGGCUUUGGGGCAGCCUCGUGCCAUGGUGCCGGAUGAUAUUCCUAGACUCAGCGCUCUGCCGCUUCACGAGAGGGAGGGCAUCACCUUCUCCUCCACAGCAGAAGAUGUGGCAGAUGAUGAUGAUGAUGAUGAUGACGAUGAUGACAUCUCUGAUCAGGGCAGAGCCCAGUGGGUUGUCUCUCAGGAAAGCAUCCAGCGCAGGAGGCGAGGGAGGGGGAGGGGCCACAGGUUCAGAAGCAGGAGGAUACUGAGCCAAUAUGUACCAGGGGGAGUCCGUUCCCGACGUUGUGGGAGCUGCAAAGGCUGCAUGGUCGAAGAAGACUGCGCAAAUUGUGUCAACUGCCUGGAUAAACCUAAGUUCGGGGGGCCCAACACCAAAAGGCAGUGCUGCAUAUACAGGAAGUGUGACCGGAUUGAGCAAGCAAAGCUUAAUCGCUCUUUAAAACACUCGAAAGGCUCAACAUUGAGCUCUGAUGCAAAGUUGAGCUUUGGAGAUGUGUCAGGAAUCAAGAAGCAUUCUCUGCGUAACAUCAAGCCGCGCUCCUACAGCAGCCUGCUUAAAUCUGAAUCUGAAGACGAGAAAGAAGCAACAAAGGAGGAUAAAUCAGAUAAAUCAGCAGUCAAGUCAAAUGUAGCUGCUGCUUCCAACCAAGAUAUGGCUCCGCAAGAUGGCAUUUCACUACCAGAUGACCCCCCGUUUGAAGCGGUAAAGUAUCGCCGGCCAUUCUCCAAAAGUGCUGCCAGCAGACUAAGAGCUCACAAGGCACAGGAGAACAUGGAGAAGAUGGAACCCAGUGAAACUUUCCCUGAAUCUGGAACAUCCGGAAGCCCAAUGCCGAAGCUGCAGCAGCAGCUACAAAUACACUUAUACCGUCUGCCUGACUCUAUCCUGCAGUCUGCCACUCUGUCUUUGCCGCGGCAGUUGCCCCAGUGUGUGGAUCAGUUUAUUGCGCAGUCCAAUCCACCAUUGUCCCAGCCUUUAACACAGCCUGCUAUUUCACAGUCAUCAUGUCCCAUAACAAAUUCUCCUCCAGAAUUGUCCCAGCCUGAAAUGCAUCCAGCUUCUCUGCUUUCACCUCAUCACAUUACAGACUUUCCACAGAAAUCGCUGGUGUUGUGUUUGCACCGUUUGGCCCAUCCUGUGGUGCAGUCAGCCUUGUAUUUGCACAAAUCUAUACCAUCAUCAUCAGCUCAACAUCCACAAUCCAAACUGCAGCCACCUGUGGCAGAGGUGUCAUCACAGGUGUGUUCUCAGAGAUUCAAAGAGUCUGAUGUGAUGCAUUCAGACGUUCUGAUGGAGACUUGCAAAGCUAAGACAGAUAAAAGUGUGUGCAAAGCUGUGCCAGGGCCUCCACAGACUGUCAGUCCAUGCGCAGAGUUACAGGAUGGCAUUCAAGAGGAGCAGGAGGACACUGGAGAAGAGCAGCCUGAAGAUGAUGAGGAGGACUCUUCUGUGAAAGAGGCAGUGCUGCAAAGCUGUCCAACAACUGACCCACACUAUCUCCUUCAUUCCCAGAGUCCUGCAGAGUGUGCAUCAGUGAACACCCUGACGGGGUUAACUAACGGAUUUCCCCAAAAGGGCCUGUUGCAGAAAAUGCACAAGAUCCGUGUAGACUUCAAGGAGGACUGUGCUGUCAAGAAUGUAUGGCUUAUGGGUGGCCUCAGUAUUCUCACUUCAGUCCCAACCACUCCACAGCCAGUCUGUCUGCUUUGUGCCACUAAAGGAAUACACGAGAUGAUUUUCUGCCAGAUCUGCUGUGAGCCUUUUCACAGUUUCUGUCUCACACCUGAGGAGUGCCCCCCACAAGAGUCCAAGGAAAACUGGUGUUGCCGGCGCUGCAAAUUCUGUCACGUGUGUGGCCGCAGAAGCAAAAGCACAAAGCCUGUGUUGCAGUGCAGGAGAUGUCAGACCAGCUACCACCCUUCCUGCUUGGGACCAACAUACCCAAAGCCUAUGAACUGCAGCAUGCCCUGGGUGUGCAUGACAUGUAUUCGUUGUAAGAGCUGUGGCGUGACGCCUGGAAAGACCUGGGACUUGGCGUGGAACCACGAGCAGGACCUCUGUCCUGAGUGUACCUCUCUCCACAAAAAAGGCAAUUUCUGCACCGUCUGCCACAAAUGCUAUGAAGAUGGUAGCAAAUCCUCACAGAUGAUUCAUUGUUCAGAGUGCAGCCACUGGAUUCAUUACAGAUGUGAAGGACUUUCAGAGGAGCUUUUUGGACUGUUCUCAAAUCAGCCAAACAAACUGGAUUUCACCUGUUCACCCUGCAAAGGGAGCCAAACUCAAAGUAGCAGUCUUAGGGAGGAAUUGCAGAGUGAGCUGAUGGCCGGACUGGGGGAGGUGCUCAACGACCUGCUCUCCUCCAGCCAGCACCUUCUUGUCUGUAAAGUGUGUCAGGAAACAAACAUUACACUAAUUUUAAAGGAACACCAGCCUGUCUGCGAUCUACAAGCUUUAGAGAAAAAGUUUCGAGCGGGCGGCCAUACCUCAAUAAAAGCUUUCCAUGCAGAUGUUGCUGCUGUGAUGAAGAAAUGGUUGAAGGAAGAGGAACAUCUCCUUGAAGAUCAGAGACCGACCAUUCAGUCCAAAGCUCGUUACGUCCAAGCAGUGAAGCGGGUGUUCAGUUGGUUUCCUUCAUGUCAUCUUAAAAAGUGGAGCUCGUUCUCAGAAGAAUUCCCAUGUGGUAUGCUCCCUGAGGCGGUCCUCCCACCCUCUAAGGAACACAGUUAUGCACAGUGGCUGGAGAGGCCAUACCAAGCCAAAGAGUCCAAGGGCCCACAGAAGACUGAUGAUAUGCUGUCUUCCAUCACCACACAACAGUUUGGUGCACCACAGGCUCACCCUCUGUAUUCACAAGAGUCCACCAAGACUGAAGAUAUGAGGCAGUGUGCACUGUGCCAACAACACGGAGAUGCAGCUCCCAGUGAGGCAGGACGGCUGUUGUACUUGGGGCAGAACGAAUGGGCCCAUGUUAACUGCUGCCUGUGGUCUGCAGAGGUCUAUGAGCAGGAUAGCGCUCUGCUACAAGUGCACAGUGCUGUCUCAAGAGGGCGCCACUUGCGCUGUGAUCAUUGCGGGCAGUCAGGUGCCACAGUGGGCUGCUGUCUUGCCACAUGCCAGAGUAAUUUCCACUUCAUGUGUGCUCGUGCCGACAAGUGUGUGUUCCAGCAGGACAGGAAGGUGUACUGCCAUGAGCACAGGGAUCUUGUCAGUGCAAAGAUGGUGUCUGGGAAAGGAUUUGAAGUCCCUCGGCGAGUGUAUGUGGAUUUUGAGGGGAUUAAUCUUAGAAGAAAGUUUCUCACAGGCCUUGAGCCAGAAUCUAUCACCAUGACGAUAGGUUCUCUUCAGAUCCAAAAACUUGGUGUCUUGUCUGAGCUGUCAUCAAAUGGAAGAAUGCUGUAUCCUGUUGGUUAUCAAUGUACCCGGUUGUACUGGAGCACUGUGGACCCCAGAAAACGCUGCAGGUACACCUGUAAGGUAACAGAAGUGAGCACGCCUCUCCCUGGGGAGGAACAAGAGCUGAAGUGGGACAAAGAAGAGAAUCACACCAUAGUUCACAGCCCCAACCGCAACAGAGAUAUGGAGUCCCCAGAACGUUUAAGCUCCUCAUCCAGUCCAGUGAAGUCCACAACCCCAUCACCCAACUCAAAAACACACAACACACCUAGAUCUAGAAGUCCUGGUUACACACAGACCAGGAAACCUGCUGGAGGAUCAUCUCGUCCACUUCCUUCACCGGGAUCUGCUCCUUACAAAUCCCAUCACAUCCUGACGCUGAGAGACCUUGAGGACACCCGUCGGCCUCGCAGGCUCUCAUCAAGAAGUCGCUGCAGUUCCUCACCAACUGAAAGCGACCCAUCUGUACCAAUAACCCUCCGCUCUGGUGGACCCGUCCACUCCAGAUCUGCCCUGUUCAGCUCCCCUCCAAGACCAUCAAACUUCGGAUCAGCUUCUCCUCCUUUAUCACUACAAAACUCAACAUCCCCAGUAUGGAACUCUCCUCCUAGAUCCAGCUCUAGCAUCUCUGCAGAGCAUUCGCCUCAACAGCAAGCAAUUACUCACUCCCCCAGGGGGCGGCAGAACUUCAGAAUCACAACUCCAGUGUCUGCAGAGGUUCCUCAAGAUUUCUUGGCGUCAUCUGAGGCAGAAGAUGCAGCUGUGGCCACAACGAAUGGGAUCUCACUUGCUCCUGAUAACCUGGAGGAGGAAGUAUCCCACCUAAUGUCUCAGGAGCUGCCGUACACUGUGUUUGACACUGAUACAGAAGUAGCUGUGGCCUCCAUGCUGAACGCCAAGCUAGAGUUUGAUGAAGCUCUGCUCUCUGAGAAUGUUGCACUUCACUGUGGAUCACAAGGAGGUCGAGGGGAAGUGGAGAACGUGGUGCAGGAUGUACAGAUCCGGGAAGACAAUCAAGAGGAUGGCUUUGAAGAUGAAGGCUCCAGCCAUUACUUAAAAUUUUCACGUACAGUGGUGUGUGAUACAGCAGGUGGCUCAGACACCUCCAGCCAGCUCCCUUCAGCACAAUCAAUCUCUCAGUUGGAUGGGGCAGACGGAGGGUCAGAGAGUGAUGAAAGUGAGGAUGUUGAUGAAGAAACUAAACUUCACACAUAUAAUACACCUACAAAACAGUUAACAGUCGCUUUAAAGAGACUGGAGUCAAUCUACACUGAGUCAAAGUCCAGCACUGAGGAACAAACAACUGAACCAGAGUUUCAGGAAAUUUUCCCACCUCCUGAUAUUAUGGAUUCAGGUUACAUCAACAAUGAGCUGUCGUUACAGGAGGAGGAGGUGGUGGUGACAUCACCCCUGCAAACAUCUCAAAAUGAAGUAUUUUUGGACACAGUUACGGGUCAGUUUGUUUCUGCUGAAGAUGGCUCUGUUGUACACUCGAACCAGACUGAGGUUGAUGACAACGAUGACAGUAGCUCAUCAGCUGACUCAGUCGAAGAAUUUCAGGACGAUUUAAAUGAUCCUGAUUAUGAUCCUAAUCACUCUCCAGAGUCCAAAACCAAAAAAUCUACCAUAUCACAAAUUAAAACUGUAAUAGUGAAGUCAAAACAAACUACAUCAAACCCCAGGCAGCUGUUUCCAAAACCUCAGUACCAGCCAAAAAUCAAUGUGCCCUUGCCUCUACGACCCAGUCUGCUUGUAGAUAACAUUUCUGUUUCCGCUGCUCCUGCAACUAUCUGUACAGUCCCACGCCCAGUCACCUCCCCUAUAAUAAUCAAUGGCCUAAACGCUUUACCCAUUCAGCCAGGGGCUACACGAGGCAGAGCUAUUGCAAUCCGCUUAGACAGCUCCAAGCCAGAGGGUCAGCAGCAGCAGAAAGUGGUGAUUCAGAGUCCGGCUGAGGCAGCAAGCUCACCCACACCACAGACUCCUGCCCGUCAGGUCUUGCUCGUCAACCGACAGGGGCAGAUUCUCAUCAAAGACCCCAGAACAAAUACUUUUCAGACACUAGCUUCAAACUCACCUGCAUAUAAUAAAAUUAGCCAGGUUGCUAAGAUUCUCCACAGUGGCUCCACUUUGCAUCACUCUGUUCCGACACCUCGUGUCAUAAUAAAACCUCAGGCCAGUCCUCCGGUCCAAAACGUCGCUUCUGCCAGUAACCACACAACCUCACAAAGAAAAUUCAUUUUCAGAGUGAUACCUCUGAAAAACAACGCUAAUCCAGCUGCUUCAGUUCCUAUCAGCAUACAGACUGCUCCGCCAGCUAAUUUUCCGAACAUUGAAGAAAACACUGCCCAGGCUAUCAUUGACAGAGCGAUGGCUACUCACCGGGACGCACUGAGGCCAAAACCCAUCAUUCUCACCAACACUCGGGUGCCAAAAGCCACGCAUCCAAAUCCUUCCAAGGUUCCAGAUGCAGAAGACUCGGAUCGAUCAUCAUGCAGUCGGUCAGACUCCCCCAGUGUGUUUCCUAAAGAGCAAACAUCAGUUUUAUCACGUAAUCAAGUGAGAGUCAAAAGAGUGUCCUCGGUGUCUGAAAGGCCCUCCAGGAAGAAGUCUAAGAUAGACUUCUUGAAGGAUCCAUCAACUGAGCUGGAGGAUGUUCAGGAAGCAAGGAUGAGUGGUGUUAGAAUGAAGGCUCCAACAACAAAAGAUGUUCUCGAUCUGGACCGGGAGAGCAAGACUAAGGUGGAACCGUUGAAAAUCAUUGCUCCACCACUUCCUACACCUUGCAGGCGUCCUCAGGCUGAGAGUCCAUCUACUUUCCCACAAACCAACAGUUGGCCUGAAGGUAAAACGCAUACGUGGGUCAGUGCUCGCCACGGAGACCUCUCUGAAUGGGGCCCGUAUACAGGUUUUAGCUCAGAAGAAGAUGCGCCUGCACUUAGACACAGGAAGAAGACGUACAUGAAUCAGCCCCACCUGCGCUUUGAAAUCACCAGUGAUGACGGCUUCAGUGUUAAAGCGAACAGCAUAGAAGUUGCCUGGCGUGCUGUGAUUGACGGCGUCCUUGAAGCUCGAGCAGGCUUUCACCUGAAGCAGCUUCCUCUGGGUGUGAUGAGUGGCCCGCGGGUGCUUGGCGUUGUCCAUGACGCUGUCAUCUUCCUGCUGGAGCAGCUGCAGGGCGCCGCCAACUGCAAACGCCACCGCUUCCGUUUCCACUGCUGUGAUGACAUUGAGGAAGAGCUUCCCCUCAAUCCAAGUGGCUGCGCACGAGCUGAAGUCUACACACGGAAGGCAACAUUUGACAUGUUCAACUUCCUGGCAUCACAGCACAGAGCACUCCCUGACCUUGCAGGCCCGUUUGAUGAAGAUGAGGAUGAAUUCCCACUGAAAGCCUCUAGGAGAGCCACGAACAGUGAGCUUCCCAUGGCAAUGAGGUUCAGACACUUGGAAAAAACCUCUAAAGAAGCAGUAGGAGUUUACAGGUCUUUAAUUCACGGUCGUGGGCUUUUCUGCAAGCGGAACAUUGAGGCUGGAGAGAUGGUGAUCGAGUAUGCUGGCACGGUCAUUCGCUCUGUCCUGACUGAUAAGCGGGAGAAAUAUUAUGACGGCAAGGGCAUCGGCUGCUACAUGUUCCGCAUUGAUGACUUUGACGUGGUGGAUGCGACGAUGCAAGGCAACGCAGCCCGUUUCAUCAAUCACUCCUGUGAGCCGAACUGCUACUCUCGCGUCAUCAAUGUGGACGGCCGCAAGCACAUAGUCAUCUUUGCCCUGAGGAAGAUAUACCGUGGAGAAGAGCUCACCUACGACUACAAGUUUCCCAUUGAGGACGACAACAAGCUGCACUGCAACUGCGGAGCGAGACGAUGCCGUCGCUUCUUAAAUUAAAACAUAACGCAAACAAGUAUUCCAUAACAAAAAAAGCCAUCUUAUUUAUUGAAAUUCUGACAGUAGCUGUGGUGGCAAAGCCGUAAGGUGGAGGUCAUUUGAUCCACAAAACCUUCAUUUGACAAGCACGUUUGUCCAUGUCUGUCCUCGGAGCGGCUCUUAGCAGUCAUACGAAUGAAAUCGGAGCCAUAUGUCAAAGCUUGUUGGUUUUUUUUUUGUUUGUUUUUUUUUGGAGUCGUCUACUGUCUAGCCAUCACAGAUUUAAUUUUCUAUAAUCUGUCAUCAGUGGCUUUGCUGGAACUGGGUCUUGCAGUGAUUACCACUUACAAGCGGCGCACACAAGUAUAACCUGAAUGCAGUACUGCGUAAAGAGGGAUCCACUCCUGUGCUGGUGACAGUGUCUCUGUAAAUACAUGAUCAAAGAGGAGGAUGAGGAGAAUUUAUUCAGCACCUUACUUUGAUGCAACCUUCAGGCAGGCAGGCAGGCAGGGCAUGUUUUUAUUUCCACAGUAAACACAUAAGACUCAAAGCACCUUGUGUACAUUGUAGAGCAGCUACGUUUUAUCUCCACUCUGGUGUGCAGGGACUUCAGUAUAUUCGGUGCUGGUGACAUUUAUCCAAAAAGGUAGUUUUAAUAGUCACCCAAACUGUUUUCCUUCUUCAGUCAGUUGAUACUUUCUCUUUUUAUUUGUAAUAGCAGAAAUGCUGUGAUCUGAAUGCUUUACCCCACUAUUAGUCUGUUCUUUAUCUGCUUAUUUGUGUAUUUCAAGGCUCAUGAGGGAAUGUUUUCACCGCAGGGUUCAACACAAAUAUGGUGAUCUUACUCUGCACAAUCCCUUCUAUUUUGUAUAUUUGAACAAUAAAUGGAUAUUCAACAAA